UGUCAAGCAGGCCCACAUAUAUACUGACAGCCUGUCACUAUGACGGAAUACGAACUCACUCUCCCAGCAUAAAGUCUCGCGGCCGCGAUGCAGUCCGUACUCAACGCCCUCUCCCCUUCCUCCCACAAGCAGCCGCAGAACUCGAACUCGAACAACAUGCCGCCCGUACCAAAGCGUGGCCUUGCCUUUGACUUCUCUGGCAGGAGCAUCAUAGUGACGGGAGGCAAUCGCGGGAUCGGUCGCGCUAUCACGGAGGCGUGCGCAUGUGCCGGGGCGCGCGUCGCAAUCAUCUACAGAGCAUCCAAGGAUGCGGCGGACGUGGCGAAGCAGAUAUCCAAGGAGAACGGGGUCGAGGUCAAGGCGUACCAAUGCGACGUCUCCGACGCAGAGCUCGUGCAGAAACUUCAAGCGAUAACGAGAGAUGGGUCCGUGUAUACGGUGAACGUUCUCGGCGUGUUCAACGCCGCACAAGCGGCCGCGCGCCUCUGGGUCGACAGCAAAUACGACGGAGGGUCGACGGUCAUCGUGUCGAGCAUGAGCUCGCAGAUCAUCAACCAAGUCGCGCAGGGGAAGCCGUUGACACAGGUAUUCUACAACUCUUCCAAAGCAGCUGUGUCCAGUCUCGUGAAGGGCCUCGCGGCUGAGUGGGCUCAAUACAACAUCCGCGUGAACGCCGUCUGUCCAGGAUACGUUAACACCGACCAGACGUCCGGCAUGGAGAAAUCUGUCAGGGACCAUCAGGCAGGCGGGGUGCCGCUUGGCCGGUUCGCGCAGCCGCAUGAGAUGGCACCGCAGACGCUGCUGCUGCUUUCUGAGCAUGCAAGCUACAUGACCGGACAGGAGUACUUUGUUGACGGGUGAGUCGUGCGCUUCGUGCGAGCAACCGUGUGUGUACUAAGACGAGUGUGCAGUGGUCAACUCGUUUUCUGAGAUA